CGCUACAGUGUUCGGAGAGAGCGAGAGCGAGAGAGAGAGCGAGAGAGAGGUCGAGAUGGUUUCCAAUAAUGAGAGGUCGAGGCUGGAGCUCGCGGUGGCGAUGGUGGUGGCGGUGCUGGGGCUGGCCGGGCGGCGGUGCCGCGGCGACCCGGUGCAGUUCAUCUUCGGCGACUCGCUGUCGGACGUCGGGAACAACAACUACCUGAGCAAGAGCCUUGCCCGCGCGGCGCUCCCCUGGUACGGCAUCGACUUCGGCAGUGGCAUGCCCAACGGCCGCUUCUGCAACGGCCGCACCGUCGCCGACAUCGUCGGCGACAAGAUGGGCCUCCCCCGCCCCGCCGCCUUCCUCGACCCCUCCCUCGACGAGAACGUCAUCCUCAAGAGCGGCGUCAACUACGCCUCCGGCGGCGGCGGCAUCCUCAACGAGACCUCCUCCCUCUUCAUACAGAGAUUCUCGCUGUACAAGCAGAUCGAGCUGUUCAUGGGGACGCAGGAGUUCAUGCGGCGGAAGGUGGGGAAGGAGGCGGCGGACAAGCUGUUCGGCGAGGCGUACUACGUGGUGGCCAUGGGCGCCAACGACUUCAUCAACAACUACCUCCUGCCGGUGUACUCCGACUCGUGGACGUACAGCGGCGAAGGCUUCGUCCGGUACAUGGUGGCCACCCUGGAGGCGCAGCUGAGGCUGCUCCACUCCCUCGGCGCGCGGCGGCUCACCUUCUUCGGGCUGGGCCCCAUGGGGUGCAUCCCGCUGCAGCGCUACCUGACGUCCUCCGGCGCGUGCCAGGCGUCGACGAACGCGCUGGCGCGGAGCUUCAACGAGCAGGCCGGCGCGGCGGUGGCGCGGCUGUCGGCGUCGCUGGCGAACGCGACGUUCCGGUUCGGGGAGGCGUACGACUACUUCCAGGACGUGAUCGACCGCCCCGCCGCGUACGGGUUCAACAACUCGCGGGCGCCGUGCUGCUCGCUGGGGCGGGUGCGCCCCACGCUGACGUGCACGCCGCUCUCCACGCUGUGCAGGGACCGCAGCCAGUACGUGUUCUGGGACGAGUACCACCCCACCGACCGUGCCAACGAGCUCAUCGCCCUCGAGACGCUCCGCAAGCUCAACAUCACCGUCGUCGCCAACUCCACCUCCACCUAG